AUGGUUAUUAUCAAGACUAUUACCUCACACGAUGUGCGGUUUCCUACAUCCUUAGACAAGGCUGGCUCAGAUGGCAUGAAUCUGUCACCAGACUAUUCAGCUGCAUUCUGUGUUCUUGUCACCGAUGACCCCAACUUCACAGGCCAUGGCAUGACCUUCACAAUUGGCCGCGGCAAUGAACUCGUCUGUGGCGCAAUCGAUCUCCUCGCGCCAUUAAUUCAAGGCAAAAAUCUCUCUGAGCUCACAAAGAACUGGGGUAAAACCUGGCGUUAUCUAACCUCGGACUCACAACUCCGCUGGGUUGGCCCUGAAAAAGGCGUCAUACAUCUAGCUCUCGGUGCCCUAGUGAAUGCAAUCUGGGACCUGUGGGCGAAGACAUUGGGAAAGCCUGUCUGGCGCGUUGUUGCGGACAUGACGCCAGAAGAAGUCAUCCAAUGUAUUGACUUUCGCUAUAUUUCUGACGUGCUGAGUCCUAAUGAUGCCUUGGAAAUCCUGAGAUCAGCGCAAAGGGGCAAGUCCGAGAGGAUCCAGGAGGCUUUGAACAAUCGUGCAGUUCCUGCGUACACUACUAGUGCCGGCUGGUUGGGGUAUGGUGAAGACAAGAUGAAGAAGCUACUUGAGGAGAGCGUGCAACAGGGCUUCAAGUACUUCAAACUCAAGGUUGGCACGGAUCUUGAAGAAGAUCGACAGAGAUUGAGGAUCGCCCGUGAUGUGUUGGGCUAUGACAAAGGCAACGUGCUCAUGGUGGAUGCGAACCAGGUCUGGUCUGUCACUGAAGCCAUCACGCACAUGAAUGCUCUCGCAGAGUUCAAACCGUGGUUUAUCGAAGAACCAACAUCUCCAGACGACAUUCUAGGACACGCUGCUAUCCGCCAAGGUCUAUCCAACACAACCCACGGCGCGAUCGCAGUAGCAACAGGAGAAAUGUGCCAGAACCGCGUCAUGUUCAAACAACUCCUCCAAGCAGGCGCCGUGGAUAUCAUCCAACCUGAUGCAUGCCGUGUCGGUGGCGUAAACGAGGUUCUGGCGAUUCUCCUCCUCGCUGCCAAGUUCAAAGUCCCCAUUGUCCCGCAUUCAGGUGGUGUAGGAUUACCCGAGUAUACUCAGCACUUGAGCACUAUAGACUUCGUUGUCAUUAGUGGCCGCAAGAGUGUUUUGGAGUACGUGGAUCAUUUGCAUGAGCAUUUCGGUCAUCCGUCGAAAAUUGUUGAUGGACAUUAUGUCACGCCGUUGGUGCCGGGAUAUAGCGUGGAGAUGAAGCCAGAAAGUCUGAUAAGCAGUAAAGCCUGCAUUGCUUUGGUCCGUAAGAUUCCCGCUAUUCCCUCAUCCUCCGAGCCAUAUUCCCCAUUUACUCUUAUUGAUUUCCUGCAGUUUGUCGGCAAGGAGAUUGAGAACCUCCAAGAAAAUCUGCACAAGAAGGGUCCGGCUUUCGCUGUCUACGACUUCGGCGAGAAUGAUGCCACGGCGAGAACCAAGAUGAUAUACGGUUCCGCCCGGGAUACUGUCAGACAAUCGCUCGAUAACCUUAGUCUCGAUAUUAAUGCCUACGACGCUGGAGAUAUUGACAAGGGGGGCGUGCUUAGGCUGCUCGAUUAA